CACUUCGUCGUUGCCGGCAGACUCCGGUGAGCAGUUGGUUGUCGCGUUCAGCUCUGUUCGUAGCUCCGUCAUUCUGAUUCGCUCUUAUCGGUGCUUGAUGGUAUCGGCAAUAUAAACCACGUAUACGAUUUCUUCGUAAAGACUUGGCGCGCGAGGACUUUUCUCGUGAUUUCGAUAACGUUCCCUUCUGCACAAAUAAAAGCCUAACUUUUCUGCUCGACCGUCUUGUCAGUUUUCGGAAUUUUUUUUUUUAGUGAAACUUCAGACCGAUAAGGUUCGCGUUACCUUAUUCGAGUGUCAGUUUUCAUCAGAUUCAUCAGAAAAGAAGAAGAGGAGAAGAUACUAAAGAAGAAGGUGACAGGUCAUUAUCGUCCGAGCAAUUUCCCACGGAAAUUGCAGAAAACGGCAGCGUUUCUUCUUUCUGGCGAACGUCAGAACGAAGCCGAACCGGUCCGUUGACCCCGAUCUAGCGGGACGCGUCGACAGGAGAGAGACCCUUGGAAAAAUUCGUACUCAGCUGAUCACCUCCACGACUAGACUUCAGCGAGGAACAGCUUCGCUUCGUGUGACGAGGAACGAAGAGAUGCGGUAACGAGAAAUGAUGUCGUCCGACCUGAGAUACAAGUCGUCGAUCGGAGGCUCCCUCUGGUUGCUCUGGGUCUGGUUGCUCGCGAGCACGAUCUCCCCGAGCCUGUCCUUCAACAUAUCCUGCUGCCCCGAGGGUGCGGUAUGGCAACACUCGGCCAACUGCUCGGAUGGCACGAAGAUUCGCCUGCAAUGCCCCAAGGGCUUCUUCCUCAUCGAUCCUGAGAUAAACGAGAAUGAUAAGUUUACUGUCAUUCACGAGGAUGAUACCGCCUGGCUGAACAUGAACCAGGAGAAGAUCUCGGCUGACAGUUUCUGCACCGCAAAAUCGAUGCGAAGCGGCGACCAGAUCGCCCUCGUGUGCUUCGACGAGGGGCUGUUGACCGAGGGCUUGACGACGAUGUGGAAGAGCACUCUCGUCUGCAUCGUCAGCAUUAUCUCGGCCGUCUUCCUAAUCGCGACCCUUGCGGUUUACAUCAUACUCCCGGAAUUACGGGAGCUCCAGGACAAGGCGAUGAUGGCCGCCGUCACCACCCUGGCCGUCAGCUACACCGUCCUCUCCAUCCAGCACGUGAAACCGAUCGAAAUCGAGGAGCAUUAUACCGUUUGCAUAUUCUUCGGAUUCAUAUUGUACUUUUCCUUCAUGUCCGCGUUUUUCUGGCUGAACAUCGUGGCCUUCAACGUGUGGCGUUCUGUAUGGUUCAAGAACUUCAGAAUCAGAGAUCAAUCGCUCUAUUACGCUUAUUGCAUUUGGGGAUGGGGUGGCCCGACGUGUUUAACGAUCAUCGCGUUGUUGUUGCAUCAUAAGGAAGGAUACCAUUUAAAACCUGGCUUCGGCGACUACAACUGCUGGUUAGGCGGAUACGCGCAAACCUGGGCAUACUUUUACGGACCGGUCGGUGUUUUACUAACGUUAAAUAUGAUCUAUCUGGGACUGACCAGCUGGCGUUUGUGGCAUCAAUAUCGCGAUUACACGGGAAGCAAGCUGCGAGUCCUGCGAUUCAAGUGUCUGUUGUAUAUUAAACUGAUGCUCGUCAUGGGCAUCACCUGGAUCUUCGAGCUAAUGUCGUUCGCCAUCGAUACGAAGAUAGACGAGUUUUGGAUACCGACGGAUCUGCUGAACGGUCUCCAAGGAUUCAUCAUAUUUCUGCUUCUGGUCGCAACGAGAAAAAGAGUGCGGAAGCUGUUGGCGAAGAAGCGACCUUGCGGUAUCGCUUUCCCAAAAUCCUGGGCGGCCUAUGAAGAUGAGGAAUGCGAAGAAGUGCUUCCCGAGGAACUAGAACUGUCUCAACAGGCAUAAGGCACACUUUGACACGUCCUUUCUUUCCCUUCCAGAAUGUAUUUCCCAUCACGAUCAUUACACGCGGGUUAGAUGUAAGGAAAUAUCGUCCAAAAGAGAAAAUACAAUCUCGGAUUAUCUGUAUAUUAUCUGACAAGGACAGAUAACGUGAUUGUUGUGAUGUGCUUUAAUUCAUACGAUUCUAGAGAUUAUUUGUAAGUGUAUUUCAUUUUCUGUACGAAUAUUCUUGUUAUAUAUAUGUAUAUUAUAAUAUCGCGUUAUAUAAAUUAUCUCCACUAUGUUAAUCCGUUAUCAGUCGAAAAAUUAAAAUUCGCGAAAUCAUCAAUGCUACUUCGACUCUUAUUAUACACAUUAUCUAUUCUUGUAACAUGUACAUUCAUGUAAAUUCACACACAAAAAAGACAUUUGGCUGAUAGCGGGUUAAACAAUAAAUAUAUCGUGUUUCCAUAUAAGUUAUCGAUUAUUGUGAAUUAUCGUGUUUUUUUAUAUUUUUUUUACGUUUAACGUAGUCGAAUAUGUUAUUAUUAAGCAUUGUACAAGAAUCUCCACAAACAUUAUAUAUAUAUAUAUAUAUAGAUUUACUAGAUCGAAUUACUGUGUGCGCGAGGAGCAAUUAAAAAAAAUAUAUAACAAAGAUUAUAAUUAUUCA